AUGCAGAACGGCAAAAGGGCAGUGCUGGACCUCGGCACAGGCUCUGUUAAGGCUGGUUGGGCAGGGGAGGGCAAAGCUCGUUAUGCUCUUCCCACAUGCUCCGGGGCGGUACGCCGGCGCCCACAACUGUAUUUGAGUGAGGAGUGCUACUGCUUGCAGGAGUACAUCUGCUCCAGACCUAGUCAAGGGGGUCUCUGGGCAAAUUUAGAGAUGCUCCGCGACAUAUUAGACCUCACCUUCAGCAAAAAGUACCUAAGUGCCGACCCAAAGGAGCUCAGUGGCGUCGCGCUUACAGAGCCCCUCUUGACUCCAGCGUCUCUGCGGCACCACGUCAGCGAAAUCUUAUUUGAAGAUUUGGGAGUUGAGCGGCUAGCGAUUGUAGCAGCACAGGCUGUAGUCCCAUACGCGUUCUGGGGCAUGGGCUGGGGAGCGCAAGACAUCUGCGCCCCUCCCAGGGCUAAACGCAUGGGGGUCACCUGCUACAGCGGGCCCGAACGGCGCGCCCCCCUAGGGACUGUCGGCCCCCGAGGAAGUGCGAGUCUACCCGGAUGUUGUGCAAAAGGGAAGGGCGGGGCUUCAGCUGGAUUGGCAUCUUCAACGGACCCGUGCUUCUCUCCCCAGCUGGCAGCGUCAUCACCAGCAGCAGACCCCAGUCUAGUGGGUCAGGUGAGCCCUGGAAGAAACCCUUUCGGCUUAACUGUGGAUGUGGGUUUCAGCGCCUCCCAUGCGGUUCCGUUUGUGAACUACUCUGCUCUGGAGGCCUCAGCCCUGCGGUCGGAGAUCGGCGGGGCCCACGCCAACGCCUACCUCAAGAACCUGCUGCUAACACGCGGCGUCAGCCUUGAAAAGAACGAGUUAUUUGCUCAAAAGCUUAAAGAAGAGACCUGCUUCGUCACAGGGGAUCUCAUGCGAGUCCUUCGUCUUCUCCGUAACCUUCCGGGGAGCCGACGAGCGGCCUACUUGGGGGGGCCUCUGUUGGUGGAGAGGGAGACCCCGGACUAUUCUCUUACGAAGUCGCAACUUGCUGCCUACUUCCAUACCCACUCUCCAGCCCCCAUUCCCGACCUCUCUUCCUUGGAAAAGUGUACAGAUGCCGAAAAGCGCAAAAGCAUUUGCAACAGCAGCAGCAAAGACAACGAGGAGAGAACUGCUGAGGCUCCCCUUGCAUCGGAGAGCCACGAAGAACACCAGAAGAUCCCAGAGGACCCUUGUUGGGCCCCGCCUGUGGCACCUACAAGGCCCACUGUGAAGCUAUCGACGGAGAGACUUGUAGUGCCGGAAAUAUUGUUCAGGCCUCAAGGCAAGUAA